AUGGCGGUUUCUCAUCUCUGCUUCUCAUCUUCUCUGAUAUUCAGCCAGGUUUUUGACUUCUUCGUCCACCUUCUGUUGUUCAUGGAAGCUAGUUCAAGAGAGCUAUUCUUGGAGGAUUUUUUUGCGUUUCGCAAAAGUAGUGUUGCUGCGAGUGGAAAGACAGCUCUCCAAGCUUAUUUGGAUGAAUCUGCGCUAGAUAUGGAUCGCUUUGAAAGUUUGGAUAUUCUCGACUGGUGGAAAGAUAAUACUCACAGGUUUGGUGAUUUACCAGCAAUGGCUUGUGAUCUGCUUAGCAUUCCGAUCACAACAGUGGCUUCAGAAUCUUCCUUUAGCACCGGUUCGAGAGUUCUGAACAAAUACAGGAGCCGUCUACUUCCCAAAAAUGUCCAAGCUCUGAUAUGUAGUAGGAAUUGGCUAAAAGGAUUCGAAGCUUAUGAACAUGAAGGUGAAAUAGUUGGUGAAGAAGAGACAGUACCACGGUCUGAUGAUGAAGUUGAAGAAGAAGAAACUUGA